CAACUUCACAUUGAGUGUGUCAAAAUUGGUUUAGUUCAUCAAAGAAAAAAAAAGAUAAUUAAGUUCAAAUUAUUUUUAUAUGCAUAAUUCCCAGAUAAUUUAGUGUAAACUUCCUCCUCAAUGUAUCGUUUUAAAUUAGUCAAAUUUACUCUCAAUGAGACUCAACAUGUUUACCGACAUUAUUCAAAAGAGGGUAAGAGACCAACUUUCAUCUCUCGGCUAUAUGACAAUCUCAAAGAUGAAAUGGCAAAGAAUAAGGAGAUGAAAGAAUCCCUGAAGAAAUUCAGAGAUGAAGCACAAAAAUUGGAAGAGAGUGAUGCACUGAAAGCUGCACGGCAAAAGUUUGAAUCAGUGGAGAAGGAAGCGAGCAAAGGAAGUGAAGUCUUCAAAGAGCGCUUUAGCACAAUCAAAGAUAAAGUGCAGGGUGUGAUAGAUGAGGCUGGUAAAACGGAUAUUGCCAAAAAGGCUUCGAAGUUGACAGGUGAUAUUGGGAAAACUGUUACACAUAAUAUUUCUGAAAGAGCUCAAGUGAUUGGAAAGACGUCAGCCUUCCAAACUAUAACUGAAGCUAGCAAAGCUGUUAAAAAAGAAAUUGAUACUGAAAGCAUUCAAGGUCGUGUAUAUCAAAGUCCAGCGAAACUUAGGAAAAGAACAGAAACUUCAGAUAUGGGCAAUGUAAAUAAAUUCUAUGAACCAAAUACAGAAGCCUUAGGUAUAGAACUCCACAAGGAUUCGAAAUUUUACGAAUCCUGGCAGAAUUUCAAAGACAAUAAUCCCUAUGUACAUAAAGUAAUUGACUGGAAGUUGAAAUACGAUGAGAGCGAGAAUCCUGUAAUCAGAGCGUCAAGAGUUCUGACUGAAAAGGUGUCCGACAUUAUGGGUGGACUGUUUCAGAAGACUGAACUUUCAGAAACUCUGACUGAAAUUUGCAAAAUUGAUAAUUCGUUUGAGCAGAAACGGUUUUUGAAGCAGUGCGAAGUUGAUAUUAUUCCAAAUAUAUUGGAAGCCAUGACCAGAGGGGAUUUGGACAUCCUGAAGGAUUGGUGUCAUGAGGGUCCGUUCAAUUUAUUCGCUGUUCCCAUCAAGGAGGCGUACAAGAAAGGGUACAGAAUCGAAUCGAAAAUUUUGGACAUCGACAACGUGGAUCUGGUGAUGGGCAAAGUGAUGGACCAGGGACCAGUGUUGAUCAUCACGUUCACCUCGCAGCAAAUCAUGUGCGUUAAAGAUGCCUCCGGUGGACUCGUCGAGGGUGAUCCUGAGAAAGUUAUGCGCGUCUCGUAUGUGUGGGUAUUGUGUAGAGAUCCUUCCGAACUCAAUCCGAGAGCUGCUUGGCGAUUGCUGGAUCUAUCAGCAAGCAGUAAUGUACAAUUCGUGUAAAUAAAAUACAUAAAAUUUACAUACUUUCAAAAUAUUAUACUAAUAUUAGGAAAAUGAUUUAUCAUUCA